AGUCUUUUGCAGAGCUCUUCAACCUACAGCUAUUAUUGCAAACUCAUCGUUCACUGACUCUAGUACAUCUCAGAGGUGAACUGUGUUGUUUAUUUGAUGGUUGGAGAUACUUUGUGUCAGCUGACUCUGUUGCGACAAUAUCCUGAGAGAGAGAGAGAAUGGGAGGGAGACAAGCCAUCGUCGUUGUAAACGGGCGGAUAGUCAAGUCGACUCCAGUCGGCAGUCUUCAGUCUACUUCUCAUCUUCAGCUAGUGGUGUACUCUGUUACCGUUGUUCUGUGGCCUCCGUGUUGUUGUUGCUGUUGUAGUUCGAAGCUGCAACAACUGUCAGUGUGCUUAAAAGCGUGAUAGAUAACCAGUAUCAGUUUUCCGGUCGACAUUUUUUUCGUUAUACAUCGAAGAUGACAUCCAAGCUGAGACGUCCGCCUCUUUUCUCUUACGCCGAUGGGAAUCGCUGCUUGGCUUCUUAUCCGCAGUACAAUCUGUCGGCCCCUUGCAAGAAGAAGCAGCCGUACCAGAUGGAUUGCGUGGUGGCGGGAGCGGGAGGUGGUCUAGUGACCGAGCGAAGUCCGGCCAAGUCAGGACUUCAUGUAAACUUCACCGACAAGGGUGAAGUGAAGGAACGCCGCGAAAAGUUUCUCACCGCAAAGUACGGAAGUCACCAGAUGUCGCUCAUACGCAAGCGCCUUGCCGUCGAGAUGUGGCUCUAUGACGAACUGCAGAAACUCUAUGAAUCAUCGGAAACUAGUACAACCAAAGCACGUGAAGUGGAAGUAGAUAUAGACGAACUACUCGAUAUGGACAACGAUGAGCAGAGAAGACGACAUUUACAGGAACUUCUAUCCGAUGCCAAAAAGUCUGCACAUGACGUAAAGAAAUUCGUCGACGAUCUCCUAGAAAGGACAAAGACACUGUAGAGUGGUGAGACGGGAGAUGAGAAAGCUCUUUACGGAGAGGGUUAUCUUUUAAUUAUUGGAAAUGCGCGAGUGACGACGUCUGAAGAAAGUUUAGAGAUAAGAAAAAGAUGAGCCACCCUUUCCACCCUUCUCCUUUCUGUCUGGCGGCCAAUCAUUUCGGAGAGGAUGAUGAUGAUGGUCGUGCAUUUGUGUUGAGGUCCCCGCUGUCAUCAGGACGUUUUUUUAAUCGUUGAACGUCUGAAGCCUUCGUUGUUCCUGUUCCAGUAAUGAUAUCCGAUCAAGGAAUCGUUCCGGUCACCGCUUUCUAGGGAGAGCAGACUCAACGAUCCAAAGUGUCCGCAAAUGGCAAACAAUCAAUUCAACUCAUCCUUACUGUUUUAUAUAAUAUAUAGAUAGUGUGCCAAUAAAGUCUUAUGAGCUCUGGUGUGUUCUGUUACUUCAAAAACUCUAUUAUUUCUGGAGCUAUGAAGGGCUGUGACCCAUAUAAACUAUUAAAGUAGUUCUGAGCGAUUAAUUUGUGUACUUGGAUGUUGUUGUUGAAUGAUACCAGAAAAUAUCAUAUAAUUCCUAAAGAAAAUACCUCUUUCUUGGAUUGAAAAAUUUCCACUAUACUGUAAUGUUAUGUUUUUGGUCUCUGAAACUGAAGAACUUUAAAAUCACAAUAAAGUGGUGGUUUAUAAACAUUUGUAGUUAAUUGAUUCAUUGAUUAUAAUCUUUUCUUAAAAAUUCCAUGAACUACCGGUAAUUUGAAAUCUUUAACGGGUGAAAAUUAUUGUUUUAUUCGAUUAACAUUCAAAUUUUAUUCAAUAAAAUCAAUCAGUUCAAAAGAGUUGAUAUAAUUUCAAUUUUUCUAGUUCUAGAGACCACGAAUCAUUUUCUGAAUUAUAUAUUGUAUCUCAUUCUGAGUGUUUCAUUCACUAGAACAUUCCAUUGAAAUCCAGUCAUUGAAAAAAUGAUAAAGGAUCCAAUGUUACCUGCAUUUAUUCUUGAAAGCUCAAUGAAAAUUAUCAGAAGUCUCACGAUUAGAGUUUAUCAUUCAAAAUGAAAUUACUUUGAUGCGAUACUAUAAUAUAAUGGAAGCGAUUUUAUGAAAAAUCACUUCCAAGAACACACAUCAGGUUUUACUCAACGUUUUAGAAAAGUUGAUAAUUUUUUAACUCAUUCUAAUUUUAUUCAAACUGAUUGCUCUCUCUAGAAAGCACUAAUACGAACUCUCCAUUUCCAAGUAUGUUAUCUAAUUUAGAAUCCAUUUUUUGUCCUAGAAUUUAGAGUAUUAGGUAGAGGUAAUUCACUGUACAUUGUUCUCAAUAUACAUUAUACAAUAAAAAUUGUAAUGAUAAUAAUACUGUAAUAACGCUAAAUAGUAAUAAUGAACGUGUAAUCUUUUCAUUCAACGUGAAAGGAAUCUCCAGUUAAUUCGAAGAUGAAUGAAGGUCUCCAAUGUUUGAGGCAAUUUCUUUAUCAGAUAAGAACUGAACAAUGAUAAUAAUCAAACGCCUACUUAAGCUUUCAAUUGAAUUUGGAAUUUCAUUUUAGACUUGAGACUCAACUCAAAGAGAAAACUUGUGCGGCCUAAACAAAAUAUUAUCAAUGUCAUGAAAAUGCAAAUUAUGAUUAUCCUAGAUUAUGAUAAAUAUGAAUUCAGCAAAGAAGUUGUUAAGUGAGUGUUUCAAAAACCUGUAGACAAUCAAUAGAACCUACUGUAAAACGCCUUUGGUAUGAAAAACAUCUUAAAUGCCACCAAAUCCUUUAUGAGUAUUUACAUUUACUUUUUCAUUUAUAGGACUAUUUUUUUAAUAUUCAUGGAAAACUUCCCAUAAGUUAUCAAGGCCUAGAGCUGAAGCGCAAUUGAUCAUAGAAAUGACAAGAUAAGGCCUAAGACUACUAUAGAACACUUGAAAAGGCAAUCUGGAAAGGCAUUCUGCAUAAGUGCAAAAUUGUGCUGAAUUUACAAGGAUUUUGAGGAAGAAAUUGAAUUUAUGUUAGUAAUGAUAAUGACUUGAAUGAUGAAGCUAGGUCUACUUUGUCCUUUGAGCCAGAUAGGCUGUGACAAAUAAGAAAUAUAUCAGGCUCUAAUAAAAUAUACAUGAGUUGGUUAAUGAACUGUACUUUUCCAAGUGAAAUACCGUAUCAGAAAAUUGGAGAACUUCUUUCACUGUUGAUAUAAUAAUAUAUUAUAUAGUAAAUCAAAUUGAUUUGUAAAAAGAUUUUACGAACAUUAUUGUAGAAGGACUGGAAGCCAGACUUAUUGCUCUGACAAAGUGUAAUUUAACCAAUGGAGCUUCCUGAACUGGUACAAUCUUCUCCGAAGGUUCAGUCUGAAUCGACCCCACCAUCUGCAUAUUAUGAUUCUGGAAAUGCCCUAAGAAUACAAUACAAAGAAGAUAAAUAUAUACAUAAAAUGUAACAGAAUCUUGAAUUGAUUGUUGAAAAACUAGCUGCCAUCUUACUAAAAAGAGGUAGACCAGAAAUCGGGAUUGAUCAACAUCGCCUUCCUGGACUAGAAAUAGAGAAUUUGACCUGAUCGGACAUAUUGCUCAAUCGUUUGAAAUGGACAUCAUAAUUAAUAUCCGAGCACUUUUUAUCGCGUUAUGCCUUAUUGUGUCAAAUUUCUCAAUUCGAGGACUAAUAUGAGUCUUGUUACAAUAUGCAAUGUACUUAUACAUCUUCUUUGUACUGAAUCUUGGAUUUUAUUCUGAAGUAAUAAUGAUGUCGGACUAAGAAUAAAAUACGUAUGUAAAAUCAAUCAUAGCAUUAUUGUGUAACAAUUAUUGUAGAACACCAAUCCGUUACAUAUAUUUAUCAUGAAAAUAUAUGAAUGGCCUAAACUUAAUAUGCAUCAUCGUUAUAACAUAUAAAAUUUUCCAGGUGUUUCCGAAUAUUUUAGCCAUCAAAGAAAUUAUUAGAAUUGUAAGCUUGUAAGUGUUAUGAAUUUUGUGAAUAUUAUUGAAAACGGGAACCCGUUUUUCUAAUAAUAGCCUAUAGUACUGUACUGUGUUAUUGUCCAUUGAUGAAAGUAGCCUAAUUACACACGUUGCAAUGAAUCUCUUUUAUAUCCAAAAAUAUAAUGUCCAAAUAAAAUGCGAAUCUCAUCCAGUUUACUAAGACAGGUAUUUGAAAAUGUCUCAUGUUUUUUAAUAUUUUACAUCAUUCUCAAUAAUUCUAAGAUGUAGAUUAAUCGUAACAAAAUGAUAAGAUUAUCAAGAAUACCGAAUAGCUACUACAUUUAUUGGAAAUAAACUGAUCAAUUGUGCAUUAGAUCACGGCGAAUAAUACAUACUGUAACGGUAGUAGGUAGGCCUACUUACAUUUUCUAAGUAUCAACUGUGGAAUCGACUGCCGUUCAAAGUAAUACUUUGAAAUGUGUCUUUGAUAUUUGAUAAACUUUAUACAGUACACUAAUCCUCAUCAAGUAUGAUAGAAUAAUAUAUUUUCUAGAAUAUUAUUGCAAUGGAUCUAGAUAACCAACAUUAGAUUUAAUCAUUGAAAUCCUCUCCAAAAAAAUUAAAUUCUAUGUAUAAUUUUCUUUACAAAAUUUUCAGCUCAACAUUAUUUUUUCUAAAUUGUAUAAUGAACAUAAUCGUUUUAAUUUGUGUAGGAGAGAUUUUUGAGAUCCUAAGAUUACUUUCAUUUGAAUGCUAUCAGUAACAUAGAGAAUGAAUACUGGGAGUUAAUAAUGUAUUUGGAAAAAUACAAUCUUUAUCUCUGUACGAAAAUAUUUAAUAUAUUAUAUUCUACUUAAUAAAAAUGACUCAAAUCAAAUUGUCUAAUAUAAAAUGCAUAAGUCAUUUUUCUUUCUCCAUAAUAACUGGAACUUUUUGUAUUAUCAAUUUGUUACAUGAAGUCAUCAUAAAUCGUAAUUUGCAAGCAUAUGGUAAUUUUGAAGUUUUAUCUGUUAUUUAUCAAGAAGCAAAGCUAAGCUUUCAUACUUGCUUUGAUAAUUAAUUGGAUAGCGACAACAUAAAAUUGAGUUACAUUAUGGAAUAAGAUCCGUUCCAAAUGACUGUAUGAGACUGAUCAUAGAUCAUUGCAAUUAUGUGUUUUUGAGAGACAUUGUGUUCACAUGAAAUAGUUGAAUAACUUUGGAUAUAAUCGAUUUUUAGCCGUAAACAACAAUAAUGUUGUCAGUGCUUCAACUUAUAAUCUCAUCUAGGUCUACGGAAAAUUUCUAUGUGGAAAAUAUUUAUAGAAUGUAGUUCUUACAUUCUAUUGGAAUUUUUAAUUACUGUUUUUCUAGUUUUAUUUUUUUCGAGCAAACUUAUACUACAUUAGAAUGAAAAGGGAUUGGGCUAGGCUAUCAGAGAAAGUAACGUACUUCAAUGAGAUGAAUGAACUCCUUUCUUUCAUCUCUCGACUCUAUUAUUGUAAUAAUUCCUUACAUAUAUUCAUAAAAUCGAUCUCUCAUAUACAACCUUCCUCUGUAUAGAUGUUGCACAAAACCAUUUCAGAAAUUUCACAUCCACUACCUAUAGGCUACAAUAGGCGUAUGUAAAAAAGUUACUUUUACAUGUUAUUACAAUAUUAGUAAUAUAAUUAUAAUUGUUCCGUAAUUUAAUUUGUUGAUAAAUUAGCUGUGUAACUACGAUAUUGAUGCUAUUUAUAAUUUUCUUUUUAAAAUUAUUAUAGAGUAUAGGUUAUUAAUGAAUUCUUGAAAUGUUCGAUUAUAAGUGAGAAUUCGAAUUGCUUGUUUGGUCUGUGUGUAUGUGUUCAUGAUUGUUUCUCAAAAAUGAUUUUUAAUAAAUUGUAUGUGUAUUACAA